CUUUCCACCACUAUAUAAAACCUCACAACACAAGCAUCAAACUCACCAUCUUAGUUUACAAGCCAUUCUUAAACUACUAUAGCAGUAUCAAACUGUUAGUGUGUGACUCUUCUCUUAUUUGUAAUCUUUCUUGAAAGGAAAAUGAGCUGGUCUGGUGGAGAUUGGAUGUGUGGUGCUUGCGAGCACAUAAAUUUCAAGAAGAGGGAAGCAUGCCAAAGUUGUGGGUACCCUAAGUAUGGAGGCCCUGAUCCAACAACCUAUAGAUAUAGCAGGACUGAAACGUUGGCAGGGGACUGGUUUUGCACCGCUAUGAACUGUGGAGCUCACAACUAUGCAAGCAGAUCCAACUGCUAUAGAUGUGGUUCAUUUAAAGAUGAGUAUUCUUCUGGGUAUGGAGGUAAAAUGACCGGUUCUGGAGGAUAUGGAUCUGAUUGCAGUUCUCCGCCGGGAUGGAAAAGUGGAGACUGGAUUUGCCCAAGAAUUGGUUGUGGAAUGCAUAAUUAUGCUAGCAGAACAGAAUGCUAUAAAUGCAAAAUGCCAAGGGAUUAUGGUGGUGCUGACUGAAAGUAAAAGAAUUUCAGAAGACUUGCAGUAUCACUUACAUCCCUCAACAUCUUUCUCCUCCAAACGACAUCCUAUCUAGAUAAUCAUGGAUGAAUCACCUCUGUUAGAAUCAUAGCAAUAUUUUGUCAUUAGGAAAGAUAUCCAGCAGUUAUUGUAUCUUGCUAAAUGUACUAACAAGAAGGUUAUGAAAUCCACGUAUAUUUUCCAUA